AUGGUUAAUCGUGCACUCAAUAUAUGUUCAACAUAUAAACUUUUAGGAGAUGAAUUUAAUGAAAUAAGAAGAUUUGGUUUAGAUAAUGAUUAUUCUUUAUUCUUUAUUAAUACAAUUAUUGGCAUUAAAUUAAGUCAACAUCAUAAUAAAAUGAUUACAAAAUUAGAUAAACCAAUAAUUGAAAGUGAAAAAAAGAAAAUGUAUGUUGAGAUACCAUUUAUUAGAUCAUCAACUUUAGGUUUAAAGAACAAAAUUAAACACCUGACUAAUAAACUAAGACCUGAUCUCGACAUCCAAUUCUUCUUUAAACCACCACCAUCAAUACAAACACUUUUUCAAACCAAAGAUACAAUUGCAAAACAUAUACAACUUUAUGAACAUGGUGCACCUACAACACCUUCUCAACAACUACAACCGUGCAACCAUGAAAGUGAUGAUCCUAACGACUCUCCAGAAUUAAGAAGAUCAUCACGAAUUAAAAACAAAAUAGCAGCAACAACAAUAACAGCGGCAUCAACAAAUGAUACCAACAACGAUGAGAAGAUUGACAAAUCAUUAAUUUUUCAACAUGAAAAAGAAACAGGUCAUCGAAUGGACUGGAGUAAUUUUCAAGUAGCUUAUGAACCUAAACUUAACAAAACAACACACUCGGUACCAUUACAUGUCUUUCCUGAUGGUAUACCAAAAGUUCACUUACCGAAUCUUGAUCAUUAA